AUGACAGUUGAAGCGGAAAACGUAGCCCCCAACUCUAGUCCCAACCUCGACACAGAACCAAAACUCAACACGCCUGAACCCUCCGACUCAAAACCCAGCUCACAGGAAACAUCAGACUCAGACCUCUCCAGAGAACACACAGACAGCUCCAUCGAAACAGAUGCGGAGAACUCCCAGCAGUUUGUAGUGCGGAACUACAGAGUUCAGGAAUGUAUGUCUAACAGAGAGGACUGGUACAGCAAGUCUAAGAACUACUGGAAGGAGGUACCCAGCACAGUAGAUGGUAUGUUAGGAGGCUACGGAUCUCUAACACACUCAGAUCUGUGUAGCUCUGCUAUGUUUCUAGCUAAACUCUACACCGGCCUGAACACAGAGCGAGCAUUAGAUUGUGGAGCUGGUAUUGGCAGGGUCACUAAAGGUUUGCUGCUCAACAUAUUUGAUAAGGUUGAGAUGAUAGACACGUGUCAGGAGCAUUUGGACAGUGCGCGAGAGUAUCUUGGGGAGGAUAUGUUUGCACGUGUACCUGCGCAGCAUUGCUGCGGGCUAGAGGACUUCCAUCCUGAGCCCAACACUUACGAUUUGGUGUGGGUACAGUGGGUCAUUAUUUAUCUUUCAGACUAUGAUUUUAUAGAACUGCUUGCUAGGUUUAAGAAAUCUCUCAAGAAAGAUGGGUAUAUUGUUGUGAAAGAUAACGUUACUAAGAACGGUUGUGAACUAGAUGAUAAUGACAGUAGUGUUACUAGAUCUGACUAUCAGUUAAAACAGAUUUUCAAACGAGCUGGUCUUGAAAUUGUCGUGGAUUCUUUUCAGAAAAACUUCCCUCGAGAGUUAUUUAAAGUUAAGUACUAUGCAAUGAGGUAGCACAUUUUCAGGCGUUACUAUUCUGCAAUUAUGUUUGUUCCCUUUCUUCAGCGUGAAAGGGACUAAGGUAGCGCAUUUCCCGGAUUUCUCACUUCUGUAUUUUUGUUUAGUAUAUUUCUUCAGGCAGCGUGUAUAAAACAUUUUAAUGACCUAAUAUGGGCACGCAAUAAUUUGUUUAUUUAUCUAUUUCAGCAUAUGUUUCGUAACAAGAAUGGUGUACCAAUUAUUUAUUUAUUAUCGUU